UUGUUUUUCCGAGGUUGACAAAUCAGACUUCGUAUCCGCCUCUUCUUCCUCCUUUCAAAUACGGCAAAAGGCAGACCCUUCAUCUUCAAAAACCAACCCCCUCUAUUUGAUUCCCUGCCGACCCUUGUCCUCUGUUUCACAGCCCCCUGUCUCUGCAAUGGCUGAAUCUAAGUCCAACAUCGAAUCUGUCCGUGAAUGGAUCGUCGAGCACAAGCUCAGAACCGUCGGGUGUCUAUGGCUUAGCGGUAUUGCGGGUUCCAUCGCUUACAACUGGUCACAGCCCGCCAUGAAGACCAGCGUCAAGAUCAUUCACGCUAGGUUGCAUGCGCAGGCUCUUACACUGGCAGCACUAGCUGGGGCAGCAGCGGUCGAGUAUUACGACCGUAAGGCUGGAGCAAAGGACAACGGGUACUCGAAGUACCUUCCAAUGGAGAGGUUCUCACAUAAGGAUUAAAAUGAAGCGGCAGCCUCGUUGUUCCCGAACUCUUUAUGGGCAAUAAAGUACGUACAGAUGACAGUUUGUUUUGACAUCUCUAGUUUUUGAAAGGGGCAUUCAUAUUUUUGAGUAAACAAUUUCAAUAGAGAUUUAUUGUAGCUGUGGAACUCUGGGAGAUGGAAAAACAAUACAGGCAUGAGUGCAAAGUAUUGAUUUCACAUAGAGGACCCUUUGUCGACUAUGUUUGCUUGA